UUAAAAGACGUUAGACUGGUAGAUUUGAUAGUUUUUGUUUUAGCUAGGACCAAAAUAACUGACACACUUUUUUUAAGCUCACUACCAUAUUCAAGCCGGGUUAAGCUUCCUUCUUUUUAUGCGUGUUAAACGUUAGUUAGCAGAUGUUACAUAAUGACCUGCCGUCUUGCUUGCUGCGGUAACUAUCUUGACAUAUUUUUCAAGGGGUUAAAAGUGUUGCACUUCCUGUAUCUCUACCUCUAAUUCAAGUUGUUGUCGUACCCGUGAAACCUGUUUGGUGGCCACCUGUCUGUGUUCGCAUCAAUAAGAAUGUCUGGAAAUCCUGCUGUGGUUAUGCGGCUGGUGGCCUCUGCCUACACUGUGGCUGAAAAGGCCGGGGCCAUUGUGAGGAAUGUCCUUCACAGUGGUGAACUGGGCAUAGUGGAAAAAACCAGAGCUAAUGAUCUGCAGACACUGGCAGACAGACUGGCACAGCAGAGCAUUUGCGCAUCACUGUCCAGAUGUUUCCCCAAAAUCACAAUCAUUGGAGAGGAGGAGCUUCCAGAGGAGGAGAUAAGGGAAGAUCUCAUUGAGAAUGGCCACUCAGAGGAAAUCCUUCAGAAGACAUGUCCUGCAGAAUAUAGCGGGCUGAAAGAGGAGGAGCUAGUUGUGUGGGUUGAUCCCCUCGAUGGCACAAAGGAAUACACUGAAGCAUCGAGGUGUCUACGUUACCAAACUGAGGCCCAGAUGCCACACAAAGGGUCGGAUUCCUCUCAGCCUUACAGCACAGCUCUCUGGCUCCUGGAUAAUGUGACUGUGCUUAUUGGUAUUGCAUACGGAGGCAAAGCUAUUGCAGGUGUGAUCAACCAGCCUUUCUACAACUAUCAGCUCGGAGCAGGAGCAGAUUUGGGAAGAACCAUGUGGGGGAUGCUGGGGUUGGGCGCCUUUGGAUUUCAGCUGCAGGAAGUUCCAGGUGAUAAGCGUAUCGUCACCACUACACGUUCUCAUAGCAACAAGCUGGUAACAGACUGUGUGGACGCCAUGGAGCCUCAUGAAGUUGUAAGAGUGGGUGGCGCUGGAAACAAGAUAAUCCAGCUGGUUGAAGGAAAGGCUUCUGCUUACGUCUUCGCCAGUCCAGGGUGCAAGAAGUGGGACACCUGCGCUCCAGAAGCCAUUCUGCAGGCUGUUGGGGGUAAACUAACUGACAUGCAUGGCAAUGCAUACUGCUACAACGCUAAUGUAAAGCACAUGAAUUCUGCUGGCAUUCUUGCUACACUACGCAACCACGAGUACUACAUCAGCAGAGUACCACAGUCUGUGCUGCAAGCCCUCAAGUCAGAAUGAGUUCUGUCUUCAGACUUUACACUAAUGUCCCUCUGUGGUUCACAGACUCAACACUUAAAAUGCAUCCAGAGGAGAGUUCCUGGACACACAAUGUUGUAAAAUAUACAUGUUCAUGAAGUCUCAUUGAACAU